AUGGGGCAGAAAUUCUUCCAAGACUGGGCAUUAUGGGAGAAGAUGACUUUUGUGGGCACCAUCUUUGCUGGAUUUUGCAAACUAACGUACGACAACUGGCGGCUGCGCAAAUACGUUCAGGCCGACACUGCUAGGGCCCUUCAAACUCUGGAGUUAUUGGAGGCACAGACCUCGGAGGAGGAACUGACGAAAGACGAAAAGGAGGACGUUCCAUUUGGAAUCCGUGCGAUUGAGAGUGGUAUUGAGAUCGACGGCGUCUGGAUUUCGCGAGGCAACACACCGAUUGGGAGUGUCGCAUCAUCUUUCGACGAAUCGAGAGGCUCUGGAUCAUCCGCACAACUAGAGAUCCCGCAGCGGGUCUAUGGAAGCUCUAGUCGAUCAAGCUCUAAGGCUCCGAGCUCUGCGUUUGAGCGAGCAGUCUCUGCUGAGCGCAUUCUGUCGUCACGCAGCGCUUCGUCAAGCUCGGCAAGCUCGACGUGGAAUCUCGAUCUGCUUCAGAGCCAUCGUCUCUCUCAUGUCGCGGAGACAGGCCAGCUGACACCUCGUAUUCGUCGGCCGGAAUGCAGUGGCGAAUGGUCUAGCAUCGUCGUUCCUACAAGACCUCACGAAGCCGUCCAGCCACCUGUGGAACAUUUCACACCACACCGGAAGCCUUCUUUGCUGCCACUUCCUCCUAGUCUUGACAUGUUUCCUAUACCGCCUCAGCGCGCAUCUGUACCGCCUCUCACCAAAGACGUCCAACCAUUCUACCCGACUAGCAAGAUCGUAUCACUACCAGACACCUACCGACCGCGUGGCUCCCAAUACGUGCAGCACACCUACCAGCCCUACGGGAACCCUAUCAGACUCGAAGACACCGAGCAACAGCUGACUUUCACGGCCGAGCAGAACCGGCGUGAUUCCCAGGUCUUGCGGAAAGUUAACUCUGGUUUCGAGAUCCUCCGCCCUGGCACUCUUACCUUCGCAAAUGAACCAGCUCUUCAUGAUACCGGCUCGUCCUCCGGCGAGAAGCGACAGUCCCGGCGUCUCAGAAAGAAGCGGCCGGGAUCUGUCGACUACGGAGCGUCGCCCUUCGCAGACAACGUCUAGACACAAUAGCCUCGCGGGGCGCAAAUCUUUUUUUGUUCCAUACAAUACAUCGAGACACUAUUUCGAUUGCUCUUGGCUAUCCAACGCGUCAAGCAAAGUCUUUGGGCUAGCGAAGAAUACGUUGUGGGGGCGCCAAACGCGUAUGUACAUACAACGUCAGGACUUGUUGCAUCGAUUAGGC